GAAACCCCCCCUGCCCGCCGAUCCAUCAGCGCAGCUAACCGAUGUGUCUUUUUUUUUGUAAGACGCUCUUCGGGCUGUCUAUAACGCUGCAGCAGCAUCCGUCCUUAUAUUUAAACUGAGAGGCUGGCUGAAUGAACAGUAGGGGGAGCGGGAGAGCACAGCUCCUCUCAAGCAAUCUCCAUGUGGCUUUGUGACGGAGAGCUGGUCGGGUGAGGCAGUGACUGUCUCUCCACUGACUGCAACAACUAGCAGGUUUAUCAUAGACCAGUGGUUCUCAACCUCGGUUCUCUGUGCACAUGGACACAGUUAUUUGAAUCUCAGAAACCAUCUUCAUCUACUGGAGACCUUCUGCUAGGAAGUAAUCAAGCUCUGUGGGAGCUAGUCAGAAUAAUGUGCACAGGUGGUCAGAGCAUCCAUGAGUUCGGGAUGAAGCUGAGCAGACAGAUCAGUGAUACUAGCCCUCAGGGGGACCUGCACUUUUAAUAGGUAACUGUUCACACUUGAGGGAGGAGCAGCUAAUGAGGCGGCAGAAUUUUGGCAAGACUCCUUCUACCUGUCCAGCACCCGUCCAGCUAGACCCUUUCACCAUGGCCCUCUGGAUUCAGUGUCUCCCUCUGGCAAUCCUUCUUAGUCUGUUUACACCCCCCACCGAAGCCAUAGCUAACCAGCACCUGUGUGGCUCUCACCUAGUGGAAGCCUUGUACUUUGUGUGUGGAGAAAAAGGCUUCUACUACUAUCCUAAGGUCCGAAAAGAUCUCGAGCAACAACUUGCAAGUGGGCCCCAAGAUAGCGAGCUGGACGGGACGCAGCUUCAGUCACAGAUGCAAGACUAUCAGAUGCGGAAGAGAGGCAUUGUGGAACAGUGCUGCCACACAGCAUGCACUCUGUAUGAGCUGGAGAACUACUGUAACUAAGAGCCAUCCGGGCAGUCAUCAGGCACUUACACAAAUGACUCCUAUGCAAAUGUUUUGUGUGUUAUUAUGUAACAAGAUAAAGUAAAUUACCUGUGAACACACAAAUUUCCCCUUUCUCUUUGCAUACUUACACACACACACACACACACACACACACACUGCAUCUUCCUAUGUAGAAGUAUGCCUGUAAAACGUUGGACUAUACAUAAAUAUUAAUAGUAAUUAUUAAAUAUAUGUCCUCACCCUAAAUAUGUCCAUAUUUCAGUUUGUAUUUUUAUUUUUUUUACAUUUUCUGCUGUUUGCUGUAAAAUCCAACUCGCAUAAUUCUGCUAUUCGAUAUGUAGUGUAUUAUGAAUAGCUAUUAAGUGACAGCUAAACAGUGCUACUUUGUAAUGACUGUAAGUAGACAUGAGUAGAAUAUUGAAGGACAGGUGGGAAAGUCUUUCAUAAAGAAAAUGGGUUCACGCAAGGGUAUCGGGUCUCUCGAGACCAACCGAGAGGGGACAGGGUGACAGGGAGUGCAGAGAAAGGGUACAGUUGUGAGGAGAAUUUCGUUAACCCGGUGCUUUUCUGAUCCUGAAUGGGGUGAAAAUGUCCAUAAUGUUAUACAAAGCCUCUUUUCAUAAUGUAAGUGCCCUGUACCUAUCCAUCCUCUUUCGCUGCCUGCAUACAAAUAAACAUAAGAGAUAAAGCAUUUCUUCUGGUAUUAUUUAACUGUGCUACUGUGUGUAUAAUAAGUUUGAUUUAUAAAUGCAUUAAGGCAAGA